AUGCAAUCGACAAGAAAGACUAACCAACUGGCCAUCCCCGAUCUCUCUGGGAAGGUGACGAUAGGGGAUUUACUGGAGGCCUUUUCCAGCUACGAGAAGGAAAUAAUAAGCAUCAAGCUUAGCAAGCAAAGGAGGUCCAGGGAUGAGGAUCUUAAGGUGGGAUAUGUCGAGUUUGAGACAGUUGAGGACACCGAGAAGGCAUAUGGAGAGGGAAGCGUCAAGGUGGCUGGAGAGGCAAAGGCGCUGCACUAUGCAAAGAGAAAGGACCAGAGGAUGAAGGAAAGAGUCAUUGUUUCGAGCAAGAAGGUGUAUAUUUCAGGGAUUCCCGAGGACACCGACAAGGACGAGCUUUCUGCGCUUCUGGGGAACUGCAGGAUAUCUGGAGGAGACAAGGGCAAGAACUAUCUUUUUGCUGAGUACGACAACAGCGAGGAGCAGGAAAGGGCACUGAGCAAAAUCAACAACAUGAAGAUCAAGGGUUCGAAGCUGUUUGCAAUGCCUGCCUACGAAAAGGCUAACAUCGGAAGGAUCGGGAGAAGAAAAGGUGACUUCAAUUAA